GUGUUGGUCACCCUUUCAUUCUCCGUUCAAACUCCCUCCCUCUCUCUCUCUCUCUCUCUCUCUCUCUCUCUCUCUCAUUUUCUUCUGUUUUCACCAAAACACUGUUCAUGAUCAUAAGCAAAAAAUGAACUUUUUCAGUCAAGUUUUGAAAUUUUCAUGUCAUUUCAUAGAUUUUAGGCUUUUAAUCUAAACCCUUUUGAAUAAAGUUUAAAACUUUUCUGUUUAUUACUUCUUUUAUCAUCAUGUUACUUGUUUCGUUGGAUGAACUUAUCAUCAUUUCAUAGAUAUAAGUGCUUAAGUAGAGUAGUAUUUUUUCUGUUCAUCUUUUUCACAGAAACAUUUAUGUGAAGAAAUUUUUGUACGCAUUUAUUCUUUUCAUUUGAAAAGAAGUAAAGAGGAAGAAAAUUUCUGUUUUGUUAGCCAAACCAAACCCAGAUUUUUACUUUUUGAUUUCGAUGAAGCCUAAUCGGAAUAUUAACAAGAUCAUGAAUAGGAAGAAAACACCAAUUUCUUCUUUGACUAGGAAUCAGCUUUAUUCUCCUAGUCCAAAUCUAUCCUUUGGAAGGAAUUUGACAAAAAAUGAGCUUGGUGGUGUCGUAUUUGGUUGCAAGAAUAUGACGAUUAACGAAUGUUUAAACAAACAACUAUUUGGCUUACCUGCUGCACACUACUCCUAUGUGAAGAAUAUUCAUCCUGGGCUGCCUCUCUUCCUGUUUAACUAUAGUGACAGGACGCUUCAUGGAAUUUUUGAGGCGGCGGGUGAUGGAAGAAUGUAUAUCGACCGCUAUGCAUGGACCAAUGACGGUUCAGAUGUAACACAGUUUCCGGCUCAGGUGCGGAUUCGACUGCAAUUACACUGCCGGCCACUAACUGAAGAAAAGUUUAAACAUAUAAUUGCCGAGAACUACUACAUGCAUAACCAUUUCUGGUUUGAACUCGACCAUGGACAAACAAGCCGGCUGAUUGCCUUAUUGAGACCCUUGGCAAUCACCCCUGCUAAGUCUGCCAAACCCUCGCCAUUUGCCCCUGCUAAAUCUGGGCCUGCUAAUUAUGUUCCGCAGAAUACAAAUCGAGCAACUGUAUCCCGACCUCUUCCAUCGCAUGAUCCUUCUUGGAAAUCUAAAACCUUUAAAAUGCUUGAAUCAGAGUUAGAGGAGCAUCAUUCUACCCGCUCAAGUAUGAUAUCAGGUUCCAAUGACAGUGAUUUAUUAGAUGAAUGCUUUAAGCCAUUGGAUACCUUGGAUACCCGUUCAACUGAUAAGGAGGAAGCAGCACCAAAUGAGAAGGACCUCGCAUGGAUGAAACUAAAGGAAUUUGCUGUUGCUCGUGAAAAUCAGAAUCUAAGUUGGGAUAACAAUGUAACUGAUACUCCUUAUGCGGGUGAGAAUUGGUCUGAAGAAAAGCAUUCAGAGGACAAGGAAGAGAAUCCUAGUUCUCCAUUACAGAAGGAGGAGAGUUCCAGUUAUCCAUCUGAGAAGGAGGAGAAUUCUAGCUCUCCAUUUGAGCAUCAAUUCGACAUAGCUCAGUUGGUGCAAGAGAUAAAAGCACUGGCGGAUUUCAAAACAACGCAAGCUGAAAAAAAUAAUUACCUGGAGCAAAAGCUGAUAGAGGCAGAAUUGCAAAUUCAGCUUCUGAAAGACCGUUGUGCACUGUUGGAAUCUACACAUGAUAUUCCUCCGACAAAUGUUGAGGAGAAAGUAAUCAGUCCAACUGCUGAGCUGCAUUUAGAUGCCAAAGAUUCAUUUUAUUUAAUAGGCGGCUCAUAUGGAGAAUCGUCUAUAGCACACAUGGAUAUGUUUUGUACUUCUCAGAAUGUGAUCAAAUCUCUCAAGCCUAUGAACUGUCUCCGAUCAUAUGCUUCAGUUGUAGAGUUCAAUGGUCAGAUUUAUGUUUUCGGUGGUGGAGAUGACCGUGUUUGGUUUGACUCAGUCGAAUCAUACAACCCAAUUUCUGAUAACUGGACCUUGUGUCCCUCUAUGAACCGAAAGAAAGGGAGCUUGUCUGGUGCUGCUUUGAACGAUAAAAUAUUUGCUGUUGGAGGUGGCAAUGGUCUUGAGUCCUUCUCAGACGUCGAGAUGCUUGAUUUUGACAUUGGGCGGUGGAUCCCCACACGUUCAAUGCUAGACAAGAGAUUUACUCUUGCGGCAGUGGAACUCAAUGGUGCAAUUUACGCUACUGGUGGAUAUGAUGGAAAUUACUAUUUAAAUUCUGCGGAAAGAUUUGAUCCUAGGGAACAUGCUUGGUCCAAAAUAGCAAACAUGAAUACAAACCGGGGCUGUCAUGCAAUGGUUGUUCUAAAUGAAAAAUUGUACACAUUAGGAGGAUUUGAUGGAGAAACAAUGGUUUCAAGUGUUGAGGUCUUUGAUCCUCGUCUCGAGAAAUGGAUGGUGGAGGAAGCAAUAAUGAAUCAUGCUAGGGGGUAUUUUGCUGCUGCAACGGUCAAAGAUUCCAUCUUUGUGAUUGGAGGUGUUAAUGGUUGUCAGACUAUGGUAGAUACUGUUGAGAAUUAUGAGGAAGGUAAAGGAUGGAAGGAAGUUUAUACAUCGCCAAAUAUGAAGAGGUCUUUCAUGUCAGCUAUUGCCUGCAGUCAUUAAUGACAGAAUGUUGUUCCAUGAUCGCAGAGAUGCUCUUCACCGUGCUAUUGUUUUUGUAAAGUGUAGGAUCGAAAUACUUUUGCAUGAAUCUGAAUGCGCUUUUGAUAGACCAACUGCUACUUUUUUGUUAAGGUUUUGUGUCUGAUAGCGCCAUGUAUAAUUAACAGGGUUAGUCAUAUAAAACUUGAGCCAAAAUUAAAAUGAUUAUGGACCUAACCUGCAUCAUUAAGAUCAUCACCACAAGAGGAAAAAGUAUUAGAACAAAAGCAACAGACAAUAUUAGAUGACCAAAUAACCAGUUUAUAAGCUUGCAGGACAUCUU